GGGCAGAAGGCUCAAGGUAUCUCUGUCUGCAUCAAAUAAGUGGAUCAAAAAGACUCUUCCUCCUCCUAGUGUCCUGAGACCAGUUGCCCACCUUGUGUCCGUCCCAUAACUGAUUGGCCAGAGAGACACUUUCUGACUUGAGAGGAUGCAUGUGAAGAAAGCCCCGCUUAGCCUCCUCCCCGCCCCGCCCCAACUCACUUAGUCACCAUACAGAGCAUGCGUGCCGCACACCCAGGCGCCAGCCCACUCUCCUGCACACCGCGGGCGCUCUUCCUGCUCUGCCCAGUGGCAUUCCCUCACUGAGGCCUCAGGGAUGACCGCAGAGGGUUGGCGAUUCCAUGAGCCCUGGAGGCCUGGAGAAGACGCUUUUUCGGGCUCCCCUGUACUGAACCGGUAACGGGAGAGGGGCGAGCUGAGACCCAAGCCCUAAGUUCGCGGGGCGAGUUGGGACAUCGGAACUCGAAUUGGAUCUGGUAGAGCCCAGCGGCCCCAGCCCAGGUUACGAACGCCUGUCCCGGGCACCCAAAGGAGGUGGUAGGGGAGUAACUGGCAGCCCUCCCAGCCAAUGGGAGCCCGGGCUGCGCAGGCCAGCCCCAUUCCUGCAGCCUCCGCGGGGGCGUGGGCGGGGAUCCCCUUGCUGCGACUGUUGCUCGCGCCCGCGGGCUGGCGAGACCGGCGGCGGCGGACAGGCGAGCAGGUGAGGGGACCCAGGAGGACAGGGCCGGGGUUAGGGUGCUGCGUUCUGGAUCCCGGAGCUGCUCUUGGGGUCUUGGUCCAGGUUUUCGUCGGAUGUUGUGGAGCUCUUGUCAGCAGGUCCUUCCCCCAAGGCUGGAAGAGGUUCACACACCUCUUUAGACGGAAGGGGAGAGGGAACAGAGAGGAGGGCAGCCUGGGACCUGGGGAUCUCUGGGGGCCAGGGAAUCUUUGAGGCCCUUGGCCGCAGCUGUCUCAGGUUCUGAGUCCUCUCGAGGCCUGAACCCCUGGGGCUGGCCUACCCACAGACAGAGGAGAGGUGGUACAGUGAACUGUCCUGGCCCAAAUUUGUGUCACACUGCUUGAAGCCCUAGGACCUGAAAUAAUCCUAUCUCCACUCUGUCAACCUCUACUGAAGACUGGGGACCAACCGGAAUAGAUGACUCAGCUGACAGCAGAAACUAACUAGGGAUGAAAGAGAGGUUCCCACCUGCCUGCUUGUAUAAACGGCUCCAAAAGUCCAUGAUGGUGCCUGAACUGGGCAGUUCUCUGGCCUGGGGUAGGAGAGGAGAGGGGCCAAGGCAUGGGAGGCAGACUGCUCAAACCAGAGGGAAGGGUGGAAGUUCUGGGGGGCAGCAGGAGCAGCAUUCACACCCGUCCCCCAAUGCCUGCUCUCCCUGCGCAGGUCUGGAGCACACACUCCUGAGAAGCAGCGGAGGUGGGGGGAUCCCGGUCCCUGAGAACCCUGUCUGCACAGAAUGCUGAUGGAGCUGGGGGCAUGCGGGACCCUCCUCUCAAGGGCUAGCAGGUUCCUUCUGGACCUAUAGGGCGCCGCCCCAGUCUAGCCACCAUGGCGCAUGGUUUCGCAGUAGGCUUCGACCCACUGGGCCUCGGAGACCUGAACUCCGGCUCUCUGAGCUCCCUCUCCUCCCGAGGCCACCUGGGCAGCGAGUCGGGCUCGGCAACGCGAUACCUGCUGAGGAAGCAACAGCGGCUGCUGAAUGGGCCCCGCCGCGGAAUUCGAGCCUCAUCGCCCAUGGGCCGCGUCAUCCUCAUCAACUCCCCCAUCGAAGCCAACAGUGACGAAAGCGACAUCAUCCAUGCAGUCCGAGUGGAGAAGAGUCCAGCCGGGAGGCUGGGGUUCAGUGUGCGGGGAGGCUCUGAGCACGGCCUGGGCAUCUUCGUCAGCAAAGUGGAGGAGGGGAGCAGUGCAGAGCGGGCUGGCCUGUGUGUGGGGGACAAGAUCACGGAGGUGAACGGACUGAGCCUGGAGAGCACCACGAUGGGCAGUGCCGUGAAGGUGCUGACAGGCAGCAGCCGCCUGCAUAUGAUGGUGAGGCGCAUGGGCCGUGUGCCGGGCAUCAAAUUCUCCAAGGAGAAGACCACGUGGGUGGAUGUGGUCAAUCGACGGCUGGUCGUGGAAAAGUGCAGCUCAACACUGUCCGACAGCAGCUCAGAGGAUGGCGUGCGGCGCAUCGUCCACCUCUACACGACCUCUGACGACUUCUGCCUGGGCUUCAACAUCCGCGGGGGCAAGGAGUUUGGCCUGGGCAUCUAUGUGUCCAAGGUGGAUCACGGUGGACUGGCCGAGGAGAACGGCAUCAAGGUGGGGGACCAGGUCCUGGCGGCCAAUGGUGUCAGGUUUGACGACAUCAGCCACAGCCAGGCCGUAGAGGUGCUGAAGGGCCAAACACACAUCAUGUUGACCAUCAAGGAGACUGGCCGGUAUCCUGCCUACAAGGAGAUGGUUUCUGAGUACUGUUGGCUGGACCGACUGAACAACGGGGUGCUGCAGCAGCUGUCCCCCGCCUCUGAGAGCAGCUCCAGCGUCUCCUCAUUCGCCUCCAGUGCCCCCUACAGCUCUGCCGAGGGCUCAGGCUCCCUGCCCUUGGACCGCAUGGAUGUCUGCCCAGGGCCUGAGAGGCCAGGCAGCCAGGGCCCAGGCUGGGGGCGGGCAGACACAGCCAUGCAGACCGAGCCCGACGUGGGAGGCCGUGUGGAGACCUGGUGCAGCGUGCGGCCCACAGUCAUCCUCAGGGACACAGCCAUCCGCUCUGACGGCCCCCUGCCUACCCGCCGCCUGAACUCUGCACACUCUGAGUCCCCCAAAACUGCUCUGCUACUGGCCCUCAGCCGACCCCGGCCCCUCAUCACACGCUCACAGAGCCACCUGACCUUAUGGGAGGAGAAGAAGCAACGGAGGAAGGAGAAGUCGGGGUCCCCUGGGGAUAAGGGGGCCCUGCAGCGCUCCAAGACCCUGAUGAACCUCUUCUUCAAAGGAGGGCGGCAGGGGCGCCUGGCAGGGGAUGGGCGCAGAGAGGCCUGGACGCUGGACAGCGGGAGCCCCACCAAGCCCCGCCCCCGCCUGGACCUGGAGAAAGCAGGGGGAGUGGGACCUGUGCAGAAGUUUGUCACCUGGAGACUGAGACGCGACUGGGAGAGGGGCCAGGCCCUGCUUUCUGCCAGGUCUGGGAGCCCCUCUAGCCAGCUUCCCAGUGUGGAUGAGCGGGUACAAGCCUGGGAAAGCCGCCAGCCUCUGAUUCAGGACCUGGCCCGAAGGCUGCUGACUGACGACGAGGUGCUGGCGGUCACCCGCCACUGUUCCCGGUACGUGCAUGAGGGCGGUGUGGAGGACCUGGUGAGGCCCCUGCUGGCCAUUCUGGACAAGCCUGCAAAGCUGCUGCUGCUGAGGGACAUCAGGAGUGUGGUGGCUCCCACGGACCUGGGCCGCUUCGACAGCAUGGUGAUGCCUGUGGAGCUGGAGGCUUUUGAGGCCCUCAAGAGCCGCACAGGACGGCCUCCUGCCUUGCGACCAGCCCGCCAGGACACACCGCCUAAGCGUCACCUCAUCACCCCUGUGCCUGACAGUCGUGGAGGCUUCUACCUGCUUCCUGCAAACGGCUUCUCGGAGGAGGAAGACGAUGGGGAGCUGAGGGAGCGGCUGGGAGGCCUCCAGGUCUCCCUGGGUGCCUCUGCCCCCCGCCACCCUCAUAAAGGCGCCCCCCCUCUCCAAGAUGUGCCAGUAGAUGCUUUUGCCCCACACCGAAGCGCCUGCACACCCCCUCCCCAGCCACCCCCCACUGCUCCCCGGCCCCCGAGGCCCAACUGGCUGCUGACAGAACCCUUGACCCUCGAGGACCCUCAGCAGAGCUGGAGCCAGGGCCCAAGCCAGAGCCGCAGCCGCAGCCGCAGCCGCAGCCGCAGCCGGGGCAGAGGCAAGUCCCUUGGACGCAGGCGUUCCCCAUCCCCGGCACCUGCCUCCACUCCCAGCAUGGCCAACGGGCGCUGCCACAAGCCUCGGAAAGCCAGGCCCCCUCUGCCACGACCUGUGGAUGGGCAUGUGGCCAAGGCAGGGGGCAGGCAAGGGCCCUCUGAGAAUGGAACUGCGGGGACAGCCGAGAAGGCAGCCACGAAGGCCCCUAGUGGGGAGCUGAGGACCGUCACGCUGUCCAAGAUGAAACAGUCCUUGGGCAUCAGCAUUUCUGGGGGCAUUGAGUCCAAGGUGCAGCCCAUGGUGAAGAUAGAAAAGAUCUUUCCUGGGGGUGCCGCCUUCCUCAGUGGGGCCCUUCAGGCUGGCUUCGAGCUUGUGGCCGUGGAUGGAGAGAGCCUGGAGCAGGUGACCCACCAGCGGGCAGUAGACACUAUCCGCCGGGCUUACCGCAACAAGGCUCAGGAGCCCAUGGAGCUUGUGGUCAGGGUCCCCAGGCCCGAGCCACUACCCUUACACCCUGCCUCAAACCUCACUGAUCAGCAGCUUCCUGCUGACCAUUCCCCAGCACGCUGACCCCUUGGUGGUACUCCAGUAACCUCCCACUGGCUCCCAGAACCUCCCACUAAUGCCCUUCCCACCCAUACCCAGAGCCCUCCCACUGCCAGACUUCUCCAGCUGACCCCUAGCCCAGUCCUCUCCAGUCCUCCUGAUUCUAAUCCCAGGCUCUUCCUAGCUAUUCCUUAACUCUUCCCACUCACCCCAGAGAAUCCUCCUGCCAUCCUUUACUAACCUCCUCAGGACUCAGGAACCUCCCACUCCUGCUUGCCUUGCCUACUCCUCAAGCUCCACACUGGUGGCUCAGAUCCCCUGCCCCCACCUUUCUCCCUCCCCAGUUGUCACUAAGGCUCUGCCCAUUCCAGAUAAACUUGGUGUCAAGGACAAGGUGCUACUGGUCAGCCUGUGACACCCACCCACUGCCCCCAACCUCCCAAGACAGGAACAGGGUGGAGAAACCCAAGGUCUGGAGCUUGAGAUUGGUGUGCACUUUCUCCUGAUUCCCCCAAGCAGUGAGGGACAGGGACUCUCAGAUGGGGCCCUCAAGGGGUCACUGCACCCAACCCCAAGCCCCAAGCUCCAAGCAGUACAAGGGACAGUAUGGGAGGCUUUUCUAGUUUCUCAAACUCCAAGAGACCAUUAUGUUGUGGUCCACUAGGACCUCAGACUUUCUACUGGAUUUAUCCUUCCCCCAACACCUUUUCUCCCCUUAAGAUCUCUACGAGGGGUAGGGGUAUAGCCAGCAAAUAAAGAGGGUGUGAAGGGUCACACAAGUUCCCAUAAUCUUGAUCCAGCACAUUCAUCUUUUUUUUAAAAACAAGAUUUUUUAAUUUUGUCUUUGGGUUUGUACAAGAAAUUUACAAUGUGAAAACUAUACAAGUGAAAACGAGGCCAUAAACCCGGGUGUGGGAAGGGGCCACUUGGUCACAAACACAAAUAAACGAGACAUUUCUGAGUUCUUCCUUUGGUCUGACUACAGCCUCCUCACCCCAGGAGAGAGGCUGCAGAGCUGGAACCUGGGGGUCAUACCCCAG